UUUAGCAAUGCGCCCGGCGAGCACUGGUAUAAGACCGUCGGACUGGCUGCUUCACGCGAUCCAUUGUGAGUCUCCCAGUUCCGUCUCACAUCUCGUGCCGUCAAGAUGUUUCUGCCUACCAAGUUCCUCCUCACCCUCACCCUCCUCCUCACUUCUUUCUCCAAUCCCGUCCUUGCACGCAAGAAACCAGCUUCCUCGCCUUACGCGCCGACAUAUGUCAAAUGUCCCUCCAACUUGACCGUCCGCGCAGCCACCGACGGGCUGAGCCCCGAGGAGCAGGCAUGGCGCACGCUGCGCCUGAGUGAAGUGGUCAAGUCGCUGCAAUCGUACUUGCAAACCGCCAACAUCUCCGAUCUCAAUGUGACCAGCUAUUUGGCUAAAGUCAAUGCCUCCAAUGCGCCCGUUGCAGGCCUGGCCAUCUCCGGCGGCGGCUCGCAGUCGGGAAUGACAGGUCUGGGAAUUUGGCAGGCGUUUGAUGCUCGCUAUCCGCCCGCGGUGAAGGCGGGUACCGGUGGCCUUACUCAAUGUCUUUCUUACCUGACCGGCCUGAGCGGUGGAGGAUUCAACAUGGUUUUGCCAGUUGCGAGCAACAACUUCAGCAGCCUGGCGGACCUGCGCGCCGCCGUGGACUUCACCUCCAGCUACCUCCUCGGCCCAUCCGGCAACGCCACCUCGUACUUUUACAAGUUGUUUGGCCUUACAGCCACCAAAUUGGAGAAAGGCUUCCCCGUUUCCGUCACCGACGUCUUCGGCCAGUUCUUCCGCCAGUUCCUGCCGGCCUCGUGGGCCUUCAAAGACGUCUCCGACAUUGCCACCUCCGAAGCCUUCGCCAAGGGCCUCGCGCCCAUGCCUAUUGUGCUCCUGUCCGAAGUCGUGCCCGGCGUGUCCCCCCAGAUUGGCGAAAUCCCGUAUCCCGACAUCAACAGCUCCACCGUCUACGAAGAGACGCCGUUUGAAUUCGGCAGCUGGCUCGGCGGGCGCGUGCAAGCCUUCAUCCCCACCAAGUAUCUCGGCACCAGCAUGAGCAAAGGCCGGCCCGCCAAAAAGCGCCAAUGCGUGAACGGGUUCGACAAGGUCACGUUUGCGCAAGGCUCGACGGGCAACGCGUUCAACUUUUGGUUCAUCGACUCCUUUUACAACAUCCCGCUCUUUACCAAACGUGAUAUCCCCAUUCCCACCAAGAAUGAGAAUGAUACUCUCGUUAUGCUGGUGGAAGGCGUGAAUUCGACUUUCGGACAGACGUUCAACGCCAGCAUGUGGGCCACGUACCCCAAUCCGUUUGAGAACUACAACAAAAACAUGACGAACGUCACGGAGCUUCUGAUGGUCGACGGCAGCGAGAGCGGCGAAACCAUCCCCAUCCGCCCCUUGAUCAUCCCCGAGCGCAAAGUCGACUUCAUCAUCGCCUACGACUCGAGUACGGAUGAGCCCGGCAACAGCUGGGUGAACGGCACGACGUUCCGGAACAGCUACCUCGCCGCCCAACGCCUCGGCGUCCCCUUCCCCGUCGUCCCCGACGCAGCGACAUUCAUCAACGAAGACUUGAACCGAUUCCCGACCUUCUUCGGCUGCAACGCCUCCCUCGCCACCCCCCUCGUCCUCUACCUCCCCAACUCCCCCUGGUCGGCGUACACAAACUACAGCUACACCACCUCCUCCUUCACCAACGCGCAGCUCGACCUCGUCUUCGAGAACUCCUUCAACAUCGCCACGUACGGCAACGGCACCGUGGCCAACGGCACGAACGCGCCCCCCUUCCCGACGUGCGUCGCGUGCGGCCUGAUUUACAAGUCCCUGCUGCGCACGAAUCAGACGGUCCCGACUUCGUGCCAGAAUUGCUUCUCCACGUACUGUUGGGAUGGCAAGACGGAUGAGAAGCCUGCGAAGCCGGCGUAUAAUCCUGGAUUAUUGUUGAAUCCGGGGUUGAGUUUUCAGAAGUGGAAUUCGACGGUGUGGCAUUGAGGACCUAAUACGUCUGUAGUGGGCUUUUCGUAUUUUCAACACGGCGUGGUAGUUGUAAUAGAGUGGUGAGAGAGAGGAGAGAAGAAAAUAUGGCUUUUCAACCAUCGAAGUG